AUGUCCCUCAGUCUUCCUUUCCGACCGUCGGACGAUACGUCCAAUCUCUCCAAAUCCAGCAGUCUUCCCCGAUUGUCUCCCUCACCCUCCUUCGUCCACAAUCGCUCCCCUAGCAGCUCCCACGUGUCCGUGCGUCGUCGCUCCAUCGAACAGAUCACGGGCUCCAAACGCCGUCGACACAAGUCGCAAUACCCUCGAGACUCUCCCGAACGCCAUGUCGAAUACAUCCUCGUCGCCUCCUUCCAUAUCGAUCGGGGUCCGAUCAUGGAACAUCAGUACCCCGCUCCCAUCAGCGGUGACGAAAGCAUGCUGGCCGAGCUCAUGCUUCCGGACCAGACGCAUGUUCGCAGUCAGGAUUGGACUAUCUUCUUUUUGCACAAAGACACCAGUGGCGAGGAUGAAGAUGACGAGUCUGUCAGAGGCAAGAAGAAGAAGAAAAAGCGAGCCGAAGUAUCCUCGGACGGUGAGGACCCCGAGGGCAAUCCGGAGGAUGACGAUGGAGAGGGUUUGAGCGAGGAGAGCAGUGAUGACGAGGACGAGGGAGGAGAGGGUCCGCCAUUGAUGUACGUGUUGAAUCUGGUCAACACCAAACAAGAUAACACGGUCAAACGGGGAGCAGUGGUUAAGGCCAUGGCGAUCUGUACACGACAUUCUUUCCUUCAUAUAUAUAAACCUUUGCUGCUCUUGGCUCUCGAAGAUUACUUCAAGUCACCCUAUCCGGAAACCCUCGCGUCCCUAUACGAGGCUGUCAACGCCAUGGACCUAUCAUUACUACCGAAGUUGUCGCUCCUGGAACGUCAGAUUCUCCAGGCGAGUAACAGCAAAGACAUGUUUAUUGAGAAGUUCGAGCAAAUGAUCCAGCAACGGAUGGCGGAUGAGGGGGAACCGACGGACCAGGAGUGCCCACCGUCCCCGAAGAAGGCAGCUCCUCGAUAUUUCCUGCCCCGAGACACCCACGAGUUCGAAUCGCGGGUUGUGUAUCAUGAUAUCCCCAUCCCGGUGAAAGUGCCCACCGUAAUAUGGCCGGAAGUCGUGGGCGACUUUUCCCUCAUCAAACUUAUUCAGAUCUUCUCGGGGCCCCAUGCAGCCUCACCACAGGCCUUCCCCAUCCAUCCCCACCUGACCACUAGCGGACCUUAUACGCACCCCAUCAUCGUCCUCAUCAAUGCGAUGCUGACGCAGAAGCGAGUCGUGUUUCUGGGUCACAAUCGGCCGUCGGGUGAGGUCGCGGAGGCGGUUCUUGCUGCUUGCGCACUGGCGUCGGGCGGUAUUCUGCGUGGUUUCACCCGUCAUGCCUUCCCGUACACUGACUUGACGAAAAUUGAUGACCUUCUGAAAGUUCCCGGUUUCAUCGCGGGCGUGACCAAUCCCACGUUUGCCAACCAUCCAGAGUGGUGGGAUCUUCUUUGUGACCUUCCUACCGGUCGCAUCAAGAUCAGUAGUCAUAUCGAACCGGCGCCCGUGACUGAAGGAUUUCUGUUCUUCCAACAACAGAACGCAUUGAAUCAUGGUCACCAUUCACAUGCGAACUCGGACCCCACCGGAGACAACCUGUUCAUGGAGGAUGUCCAGCGCAGCAUCGCCAACCGGUACGGUGAGAACGCCAUCCGAGCCAAAUGCCGUGCCUACAUCACCAAAUUCACGCGCGUCGCGGCUGCGUUUGAGGAGACCGUGUACGGGGCGUCCAAUCUCUACAUCAUCGGGCCCAAUGAGGAACUGUCGCCGGAGAGUCCAAGCGGCCUCCAAGCCGACCCUCUUGAUCCAACCACACUCCGCGGGCACGGAUACGUCUGGCCGGAUGAAGCCACCAAGCAACGAGAGUUGAUGGCCUCCGUCUCCAGAAUUGAAGGCUGGCGCACGACGCGCUCCUACUAUUCAUUUAUCCAGGACAUCGCCACGAUGUACUACCCAUCCCGACCCAUUCAAAAACCCGACCUUCACCAUCAUCACGACCGCUUACGAAAUCUGAAGCUCUCACCCGCCGAGGCGGGGGCCAUUUACCAGGCGAUUUCUCACGCAGUCAAGGACUACGCCGGAAUCUGCCAACUGUUGACAGUUACGCCCGAGAACCAAGCUGGCCUAUUCUACCUCAGCAUGGGCCUCUUCCACCCGGAUCAGACCGUGCGUGAAGCGACCGUGGACCUUCUCGAACGAAUAGCCAUCCACCCGGCUGGGCGACACUUCUGGGCACAGCUGAGCCGAUUCGUGAAGCUGGCGUACUUUCGCGUCAAACGCGAGCGAGAUGCGGUACAUAGCCCUGUGGGGAGUCCUGGGGCCGCACUGGGCGAAUCAUCCCAGAGCCUGGUGGGCGUGGCGAUGGGAACUGGAUCGAGGACAAGUUAG